UUUUUGCCCUGUUCUUAUCUGACUGAGCUGCAGGUUGUUAAUGCCGCAUCAGUGGCUCAAUCUGAUACCAGUGUUCAACCUGUGAGUUUAUCCUGUUGAGAACGACACUCUUGUCCAAGACACAUUCUGCGAAAUCUCUUCUCAACUUCCUUGAAGUAGAAAAAUGGAAAGAAAUUCGGAGCAGAUAUGUGUGACAUUAUUUGUGGUAUUUCUCUGUAUAACAUCAAUUUUUGCAAAUCAAUGCGUUGAGGUUGGGAGACCGUGCACAUCACACGAUAACUGCUGCAGUUCGUGUUGUGGUGGGCCUAGUACCAAUGCUGAUAAUGGACUCUGCUUGAAAAGUUGUGCUCCUCAAGACAAUCCAUGCAAGAGAAAGCACUGUGCGUUGGGAGAGUAUUGCAAACUAGAGCAAGUCGAUUGUAUCAGAGCUCCCUGCGAACCUUUUCCAGUUCAACGUGUGAUGAUUUUAGCAAACACCGACCCAUGUGCCACAGUGCAUUGCAGGGAUGGAUAUCACUGUGAGGCAAUUCAAGUUCAAUGCUUUGCUGCUCCAUGCAAUCCUGUUGGUCGAUGUGUUCCAAACGCUAACACUGAUCCUUGUGCCACAGUGAAGUGCAGUGACGGAUAUCACUGCGAGCCAACACAAGUUCAAUGCAUCAGGGCUCCUUGUCCUCCCGUCGGUCAAUGUGUACCAAAUGGGAAUGCGUGUGAUAGAGUGCGAUGUCGGUCGGGAACCAAGUGUGUCAUAAAGCCAGGCACCAAUUCGCCUUCCUGUGUGCCGACACAGAACGAAGGUCAAUGCUAAUAAAAAUACAUUUUUCGUCUCAUGAUAUUAUUCUAACCAUAUUCGACUUUGCAUUUGAAUAAAGAUUUCGA